AAUAAAUGAAGGUGAGCACACAUACUUUUGUAUAUCUUAAACCUAUUGAGUAUAUAAAUAGAUCGUUACUAAUAUAGAGCGAAGAUAAAGGAAAGAUAGAUAAAGGUCGUGUUCUUCUUGAAAGUUAAAGCAUAUCUAUUUCUAGAGAGUUUUACCAUUUUACAGAAUGAUCAAUAAACCAAAUCAAGCACCUAAAUUGAGUUUAUCCCAAGAUAUCCAAACUCUGCCUGAUAUUUCUUCUAGUGAUUUCAUUGGUAGUGACAUGCAUAACUAUCUUGCCGCAAAUAGUAUACACCAUAAAGUCAGAAAAUAUACUAAGAGUAUGGUUAGUAGACAGAGAGCGCCCAAACGCGUAGGUUUUAUUUCCCCAAGCGUAAUACCGAACAAGGCGUCAACUACCACCAUGGCAUUACUUAACAUGUCUGUGGAGAGGUCCCGAAGUGCAACAAAAUCCAAAGACGAAGGAUUUAAGCGCGUUUCUAAUGGAAUAGGCAAUAAUAAUAAUACAGUGAAUCGACAUUCAAAAAGUACCUCAUUGUUGAUAUGCGAUCUUUCCAACAACAAGCACUCAAAAGAUAAAUUAUGGCUGGAUAAAUGCGAUAAUGGUGAUGACUCAGCGUGUUUAUGGACACGGCUCACUCUCUCACCGAAACUAAAGGAGCCACUUUUUCGCAAGACUCCCAUUGAUCGGUUCCCGAAUGCAGAGUCUUCCCAUCAGACAGCGAUGCUAGAUCCGUGUGAGUUUACGGUUUCCAGAGGUGUAGAAUUUGACUUCCAGGAAUCUAUGACUCAAAGCCGGCAUACUCUUAUGGGAGAAGAGGAAGUAGACACAACCCAUUUGCUCCUUGAUGCAACACUAGGCCGAGCUGGUUUUCCCGCCACUUCUACGUUGCACGCACUGGGGGACACAAUGAUAGAGAGUCAAAUAGCUCUUGAAGAACUCAGUACUCUAAAAUGUAGACUAGAAAAUGUUGAUCGUCGUCUAGAAAAUUCCUCAAAAGGAAGUGACGUAGACUAUACCGAUGCUGUAUUUAACAAAAUUAAGACUAUUGCUGAAAUAGUUGAGGCUGUGGAUCAAACCGGUUCCCUUCUAGCUUUCACCCCAUCUAACAACCUAGAUGAUAAAUUUAACACUAUGGAUAGCUUGAGCCCAAGAUACAGCGAUAGCAAGAAUGGACUUUUCUUUGAAAGACACUUCAAUUCUGGAAUGUAUGCGAUGGAAUUACUGAAAGACAGCAUAUCCAGCGAACCAAAUAAGGCUUCUGAUGACUAUGAUAUGCUGGAACAGUUCAGCACAGAUUAUGGUGGAGCGAUCACCUCUAAACAGCAGAAGGACAGCAUCGGCGUCAAGACUUGCAUCAAUGCAUUGAAAGAUGAUUUUGUUCUGGGUUUUAUACAAAAAUCCGCGCACGAGGUAGAAAAGAAGAGAAUGGGAAUAUCUAUAAAAACUAGAACCAAAACUUCCUGUUUCAGAUCAAGCAUUGAAAAAGAUUUGAUUGAUCCAGAAGAGGUGCGGCAACUGAUGCCUUACACCCUUAGCUAUCUUCGAAACACACUUCUCGCUUCUUCUUCUUCCUUUCCGAUUACUGCCGCUGCUAAUGUCAAUACAGAGUUCUACCAGAGUGAAAACUCUGACCGAAGUCUUCCAGCUGGUAAGACAAGUGCUGAAUUGAAGAGACACCAACGGCAAAUAUGCUCUGAAGAAGAAGCUAUUCUUAAGAGAAUUCUCCAUAUACAACCUGAGAUUUCUUGUGAAAUGAGGAAAGAAUUUUUUCGCCUACGCCGACAAAUGAAUCACCUAAUAAGUAUUCAACAAGAGCAUUUACAGAGGCUGAAGCGUGUGCAGCAGGAUGGGACCAAACAUGGACUGCUCGCACCGUGUGUGGAUCCAGUUGCUGGGGCAUUUCUCGAACCUACAUACUCUGGAGACAAUUACCCUAAAGGCCUCGAUAAAAUUAUUGAGUCACCUAUGUUAGGAAAGCAGCCACAGCACGCUGGACAUGACCCUAGGCAACCCCAUCUCCCACUGGUAACCAUAUCAACGGCCAAUUUACCUACCCUCUCGCUUGGCGCUUCUUCGUCGCAGCAGUUUCAAUGGUCUGCACUUCUGGAGCGUGAAGCGAAAUUCUGUGAAAAGGAACUCCAUCAUAUUAAAGAUGAGUACAACCGUUUCCUUAUCGAUGAGAAGCAGCGCCAUCGUGAUGAGCGAAAAGCCUUUCUGGGCGCACUAAGGGAGCAGUACACAACCCUCUUUAAGCAGUAUAAGCAGACCGUUAACUCACUUCAAUGUAAAGCACAGCUAGAGCAAAAGGAACAAGAAGCACUGUUAAAGCGCAAUUUGCUAUCUGAACAGAAAUCAGUGCGGCAUAUUAUAAACUUAGAGCGACAGCGUCUGUCUGAAGUGGCAGCUAAUAAAAUAAAGCAAGAUACAUCAAACAUUAAACAGUCUUAUGUUGCUGCCACACAGCCACCAGAUCACCACUACCUUUCUCCAGUGUACUUUUCAAAGCAACGAAUGCUGAAGAAAAAUAUUCCAAAGCACAAGAUACCUUCUUCAGGUGUUAAGCAGACAGUCUUCACAAAAUGUACUGAGUCAGGUGUGGGGGAUCUCAUCGAACCUGCGGUACAAAAGUCAGAGAUAACGAUUGAAAACCCUUGUUGUGUCGAAAAGGCUUCAAAUGAAGCUGCAAACCCUUCUGCGCGCCAACUUGUUAUCAAAAAGGGCACACCCUUUGUUGUGCAACUUCCCGAUGAGGAAGAGAUGUUUAAGCGAGGAAAAUAUCCCCCCAAAAGGACAAACGUUGGGAGGGGGCACAUUUCAGGUAAGCUGGUUGUGCCUUCCAGGAAACCGCGACGACAACCCCGGCAUUCCGCGCCAUUUUCAUUCUAUCAAAACUCAACUCCCGCACCGAUACAGAAGGAUUUUGUUGAUGACUCUUUUAAUUUUGGUCCCGCGAUGCGCAAUUCGGUUCCCCAAGCUUACUCUGCGUCCCAUGAUACAUAUCCACAGCCUAAAAGUGUAUUUAUGUUUCAGAAGACCUUUCCUAUUUCUUCUUGGAACUCUCUUGAAGGCUGCGAUGUCUCUGUCAAGUUUAAAGAAGGGGAGGAAAUUGUGGACCGUGAAGACAGACAAGGAGAAGGGGUUCCACAGAGUUUCGUCAAAAUUUGUACAGAGAAACCACUACACGAUCAAAACGCACUUGAUAAUGGAACUACUACGGCAGUGACUGCGGGGAAGUCCUCUGUUGGUCGUAUUUUGGUUAUGUGCACACUCAAAGAGAACGGUGAUAGUCAAACCAUGUGGUUGCCUGGGGAGCCACCGUCGCGUUAUGAAACAGGUGUUCACACUUCGGAAACCGAAGGUGGGAUGGCCCAGCGCCCCUUACCUCUUUCGGAUGACUGCAUUCAAGCCAUCGGUAAGCGAAGCUGUGUGGGGAGCUCCAACACCGGAAAAAUAGAUGAAAUUCUUCCGAGGGACUACGAGACCGGCAGCUGUGCAGAUAUUCAACUGGGUACUUCGGCGGUAAUGGUAAGUGGAAAUGGCGCCUUUGAUCCUUCCCCCGGACUAUUAGCACCUUCCAGGUGUGACUAUUACUACUUUGGUGAAUCAAAGAUGAACGACUGUCCCCGAUACUGGAGUCUGAUCGACUCUAUGGAGUGUGAAGUGCAAGGUAUCCGUGGAUAUCAGCCUUAUAAACAGAAGUCAAGAUCGUUGAGGUCUCCCUUGCAAGCAGCUGCAACGAAAAAAAACGAUGAUGAGGUUAAUGCUGCCUUCACGAAACGGGGUUCUGAAUUUUUGCCAUCUCAGAUAACAGUAAGGCAAGAGAAGGAUAUAUCCUAUCUGAAGGAAUGGGAGCGGUCUGAAGAUGAGUUCCGCGAGGUGAUUGGUGACCUAGAAAGUUCAAAAGGAUUUGCUGUUUCGCCUUUUGGUAUGUUAAAAAUGACCUCCGCAAUGACUUCUGAAGCAGCGGUAUUGCUUCACAUGCGUCAGCGUCUUUGCCGUAUAAGGCAAUUAUUUUUGUGUGAACCCCUAGUGGAAAGCGUUUCUGUUCCCACUUUGUCAUCAUGGAUUCCCUCACAUAGGGGCGUCAUAACACAGGGUUACCAACCUGUGCGGAAUGUGUCCGCGAGGGAAAGUUGCGGUCUGUCGCAUGAUGACAGCGACAAACAGGUUCGACAGCCUCGAGAGGAUAUUAUGCACGAAACGGUACAUAGUGCACUGGGUAAUCACACAGAACGUGCACUCUUUUCGGAAGUUAUACAAGGGAUCGAAUCGGAUUUGUUUUCCGCGUGUCUCAGACACGAGGUUGCGCAACGUGACAAGCAUCUUCCUGUGGAAGCAGAACCAUUAAGCCCCAUGCCGCGGGAAGAGGUGGAUGAGGAAGUAUUUAUGGAGCUCCUGCAGAAUAUUUUUGAGGAUGCUGUCCUGAAGCAAUUCCUUAUGAAUACAGAGCGGCGAAGGAUUCUUGAAAGUAAUGACAGGAUUCUCGAAAAGAAAAGCAAAGACGAUUCCAAGGGUGGUGACCAGCUUAUGCUUGAGACUCUUCACCAUGCGUUUGUAUCUGUGGAUUGUAGUCAUCGGUACGAAGAUGGACAAGAUAGUCACGAGGUGGUUUGUGUGCCUGAAAUUUCCUGUCCUUUGUGGCUGAACGACGGACAAGUCGACCCUCCUAAAAUGAAGAUUUUUCAACCACAUGAAUCGAAUUUACUGAAGUCAUCAACAGUUUCAGGGUCUCCUUCUGUGAUGCCUUCUGUGUUACUUUCAGUGAAGACUAUCCUACACGAGGCAGAACAGGUAAGUUUGUUGGGAAACAUUGAAGGGGAGAUUGAGGUCGACUCAGGCACUACUGAUGUGAGACAUUUGCCCAUCAAUAACACUCACACUGUGAAUGUUGUCUUUGAUAUUUCAAAAAUUACGCAAUGUGACUCCCUUCCUCAUCUUACUUCUAAAUCUGAAAAGCGCUGGACGUUACCGCAGGAAGUUGGAAGGGCGGAUAUCAUGCAACAUGAGCAACUACGUUCUCUGGUUCCAGAUGAAGACCUUUCUGAUGUUAUCGUGGAAUCCAUAACUUUGCUACCAGAAGUCAAAUCCGGAGAACGUCCGAUGACGAAUCUGAUCUGCGACGCAUCGCAUCCUGUGGAGGAGUUUAAAAUCCUAUCAGACAAGUCAGUUUCGUUUGGAAAAGACAUUUCUAUCAAACACAAGGAUUACUACACUCAUGAAACCAAUUGGCACGCCGAUGACCUGUCAGCUGACCAAAGACCAGCAGUGAUCCUGGAUCAGGUCCCCACCCUCAGCGCCGUUCCUAUUUCUGAAGUGCCGGUUAUAUUGAUGCCAGAAACUGUGAAAGCCGUAUUGCCCGCUGCACCUGAGAUAUUUCUCCGCACUCCCUUCUAUCCAAUGGAAAGUUUGUUUCGUGAGCUGCAUAUGAUGGAAACUGAGCAUCGGGAGUCUCUUUGUAGUCAGGAGAUGAUGCACCGAGACAUAUUGGUUACGAUGCAGGAGUGGUACAGUCAUCUCCAUUAUGCCUCCACUAGUCUGAUCUCCGCAGCCCCUAUCUUCGCGCCGUCACCACCGAAGGAGCGAGAACAACUGCAGCCACAUUCACCGACGUGCCCCUUAGAUAGUUCACCUGUGUUGUCUACCGUGAUACGAGACCCAGUGACAAAGUUUAUAUUUGAAUGGCUCAAAUCAUUUAAUGAGAAGCGGAUGCAGCACACUGAGGGACAGCAUUUCGUGCAGCAACUUCACGCUUCUGUGGAUACGGCAGAGCACGGAGCUCACAUCCUGAGGGAAUCAGAGAAUAUCAGCUCUUUCUCUGCACAAAGAAAAGAAAGUGACACAAGCCUUUAUGAAUCUUCAUCGUCGAUGUCUUCGUCGUCCUCGUGGCUGACAUCGACCAACCCCAGCAGCUAUGACCCUGUUGGUGGUCAUCGCUUUCUUCAGGCAAAUCAACACCUGGUCCGUGUGCGGAAAACACUAAUACCACACGCGGUCGAUGAUGUUGGUAAAAGUUCUCAUCUCUAUUUACGUCGCCGCCGUCCAGUGCUGGAUGCUUCGUCUUCUGGAUCAUCUAAUCAGAGGAACCAACACGGUAGCAGCACUGACAGCCUCAACACAGCCACAGGUACGACAACACGAUACACUACAACGACGACGCGAGGAACCACCGCUACUAUCUUUUCGUUUAGUCGCUUCAGCGAUACAGAAGUCCAUCCUAGGGACUCUGAUCCGUCCCCUUGUUCACCUAGUGAUCUCUUAGUGGAUGUGAACGGUGAAACACAAGUCUCAUUGGAGAGCCCGCCGCCUCACAAGCCACAUUUGUCACUUUCUUCAUCCAUUCCAGAUCACUCCUUGCCACACUUUCCGUGGCUAGUUGAGUAA